UUGAUGUUUGGUUUUGCGGCUUGUGGACGGUGUGUCGUACAUCGGUGAUGCAGCAUGGCGUCGGCCUGCGUGUUCAAGUUGCCGAGAGAUGACGGCGUGUAUGGCGGUGCUGCACGACGGUGGAGGUCCGAUCAUCCCUGGGGCAGUCGGUUUGUGUGCUUGCAUUUGACUGUUUGGAUGAUCGUUGCACGUCUGUCCCCGUAUUCCGGACAGGCUCAGCUGCAGCGUGGCCAGCCUGCCGUCUGUGACAGGCGCGUGUGCGUGUGUUGCAGAGCGCGGGCGCGGCGCCGUCGCCACUGGGUCAGAUGCCGCCCGGCGAGCUGCAGGGUGCCAUGCCUCCCGGUUUCUUCCCGAACUCCAACAUGCGGCCGUCGCCGCAGUCUCACCCGUCGUCACAGUCGUCACCGCACGCGCCGCCCGGCCAGCCGGUGCCGCACGGCACCAUGAUCGCGUCACAGUACAUGUCUCCUCGGUUUCUGGGCGGGCCCCGGCCGGGUGUGAGAAUGCCCGGCAACAUGGCGGAGUUUAACGGGCCGCCGGGCCAGCCGAUGAUGCCCUCCAGUAUGGACCCGACGCGGCCAGGCGGAGACGGCGAGUAUUUAGGUUGGCAAGGAGGUCCACCGGGUAUGGGACCUCGCAUGGUGGGCCCGCGGGGCCCGAUGGGCCCGGGCAUGGGUCCGAUGGGUCCGGGCAUGCAGGCGUACGGUCCGCCGGGCAUGCGGGGCCCGCCACCGAACGCGCUGGGGGCCGGGCCCCGGCCAGCCCACAAGACCCACGGCCCGGCCGGCGACCCCAUGUACGGCAUGAUGAAGCCCGUGCCCGGCGGCGCGCCCUCCAUGCACGGCACUGUCGCUGUCACCGGCGACGAUGCCGACGCGAAGCAUCACCGGGUGCAAAGACGCUGA